UUUUACCUAAUUAAAUAUACGAAAUAGUGCAUUUCGAGAUAGUUUGGAAUGUAAUAAUUGAAUGUGGAAAAAAUUUUAAAUCGAAUAGAAUAUUUUAAUGAAAUAUUAUAGUGAUUUUCUUAUCACAAAAUCAAGAGAUUAUUACGAUGAAAGGUGUCCGAUCAUUAAGAAUGUGCGUUCACUCACACAGUACAGUAGUCUGUUUCUGAUAGUGAUGAUUGGCUGAUUUAGCUUCAAUUUGUCUUCUCCUUUAUUUGGAUUAUUUAUUUUGAUUUUUUUCUUGUGUUAAUGAGAUUGAUUUAUGUGCUGAAAGACAUACCGCUUAUUUAUCACCGUACACAUUGUUUCUAAAUUCUUUUUGCUUUCUUAUAAUUCUACAUUUAUAUGUUUUUAUAAAAUAAUAAAUAAAAUACAUUAUUGAAAUAUAUUAUAUUACAUAAAAAUCGUGGAAUUUUGUGCAAGUGUUUUAUCUAUUAUAAUAUUAUAUAAUUCGAUAACUUGAAAAUUUUUCUAUUGUUUAAUUAUAUAUGUGUAUUUUUAUUCGUGAGAAAAUCCAAAUAUUAUAGAACAGUAUAUCGGUAUCUGAAAGAAUAAAAAUGAAAGUAUACGGUGGAACAUUAACAAGAAAUGAUGGACUUAAUGUUCGCGCAAAAAAGGAGAAAAAUUUGACAAACGUGAAAGUCAUUAUGGAAACAUCGGACGACGAUUCUUAUGAUUUUUGGAAGAACUGGGAUUUGAAGAAUUUAACGGAAACCGAAUAUUUGGCUAAAGUACUUGGGCCUAAAUAUUUAUCUAUGAGGAUGGUGAUACCGCUCACGAUAAUAUAUAUGAUAAUUUUUGUAACUGGUAUUUUCGGGAACAUCGCCACAUGUACCGUAAUCAUAAAAAAUCCUGCGAUGCAAACGGCCACCAAUUACUACUUAUUCAGUCUGGCCAUAUCUGACCUUAUUCUACUUGUAUUGGGAUUGCCUAAUGAGCUAAGCCUGUUUUGGCAACAAUAUCCAUGGGUUCUAGGAGUUAGUCUUUGCAAAAUCAGAGCAUACGUAUCGGAAAUGUCUUCUUAUGUAUCAGUCCUUACGAUAGUAGCUUUCUCUAUGGAAAGAUAUUUGGCUAUUUGUCAUCCGCUUCGUGUUUAUACGAUAAGCGGCCUCAAAAGACCGAUACGUUUCAUUUUAGCUGCUUGGUCGAUUGCACUGAUUUCUGCCAUACCAUUUGCAAUUUAUACGAAAGUCAACUUGGUCGAAUAUCCACCAGAGUCAGGGAAUUAUUCGGCCGAUUCUGCGAUUUGCGCUAUGCUUUUACCAUACAUGCCUGAUUUUCCUUUGUACGAGUUGAGUACUAUUAUAUUCUUCUUGAUACCAAUGCUAAUUAUCUUGGUGGUGUAUACUAGAAUGGGUUUGAGAAUCAGAAAUAGUACGAAAGAUACUUUGAACUCUGUGAUAGAAGGAGCUAUUCACGGAGAUUCGAGACAAAUUCAAUCUCGAAGAUCUGUGAUUAAAAUGUUAAGUGCUGUGGUUAUUUUAUUUUUUAUUUGUUGGGCUCCUUUUCACACUCAGCGAUUACUCUACGUUUAUGCGCAAGAAUCUGAUUAUUAUCCAGACUUGAACGAAUGGCUGUAUAUUUUAAGCGGAUGUCUCUAUUAUUUCAGUACAACUAUAAAUCCCAUUUUAUAUAAUUUGAUGAGCAUAAAAUACAGAAAUGCGUUCAAACAAACAAUUUGUUGUAAAACGAGGAUAAGAAGUUGGGUUACGAGAGAAUCUCAAAUGUGUAAUAACAGUUUGAGCGAUAAAGCACGAAAUUCAAGCUUCAAAUGUUCUAUGAGAUAUACUAUUAAUCAAGCGAAAGAAAUGUUUCGAUUUACUCCAAGUCAAGAAAAUGGUGGCAGAGAUAAAAAUAUGAACGAUAAUAUUCCUCGUAAAUCAUACAUGCUGAAAAAAGAGGAUUCCACAUCGAGACCUCUUCUCAAUCGAAUGCAUUCCGCACAAGAAAAAUGGGAGAACAAAAAUUUAGAAUGUAAAAUGAAAGAUGAAAAAUCCACGUCUACAUCCAGCAGCAUUUUGUAACUUAAAUUGUACAUUUUUAGAUAUUAAAUUAUUGUAUAUAAAAUAAUGUUAAAUUAAAUUAAUUUUAAGUUAA